AUGCCGUGCUCGCACGCAGCGAGCCGUACGGACCGGCCCGGAGAUGAGCCCUGUGAUGCAGUUCUGUUGUUUAAAACUUUCAAUCUCUUCAGGAAUCCUUAUGAAGAAAAAUAUAGAUUAAUUCGGAUUGGCAAUCCAGCAUUUUCCACAGGACUGUUGCCUGUCAGAGGAGCAGUUGAAUGUUUAUUUGAGAUGGGGUUUCAAGGGGGAGAAACUCACCUGAUUUUCCCUAAGGAAGCUUCGAUUGAACAGCUACGCAAAAUCAGAGACUUAAUUGCUGGAGAGAGGAGUAGCAGGCUGAAUGAGUCAAAUCAGACCCACAGUUCAGGGUCCUCUGAAAUUGUGGCCAACACUCAGACAGUUGCACAUCAACCUUCAAGACCUUCUGACUCUGUUCUUGCCCCUGCCCGUCAGCAACCAGAAACAUCACUUGUGAAAUCUGUUAAAAUGGCUGCAAACAUCUUGAAAACGCUUCAAACAAAAUUUGAGUAUCCUGUAUUGAUGUAUGAGAAUCCUUCUCUUCAGCAGAAAGUUCUAGCUUCAAUUCCCCUCCAGCAAUUGAAAGGGAAGGCUCAGGAAAAGCUGGCACAAGCUACAAGACUGGACAAAGGUGCACAUGUGAAUGAAGAGGACUUCUUGUUGUUGGAGCUCUUGGACUGGUUUAAGAAUGACUUUUUUCAUUGGGUAAAUAAUCUUCCUUGCAGCAGGUGUGGUGGGCAGACAGAGCCUAAAGGAGACUACCUGUUGCCUACUGAUGAUGAUCUAAGGUGGGACGUCAGUCGAGUGGAAAACCAUUACUGCAACAAGUGUCAGUACUGUAACAGAUUCCCAAGGUACAAUAACCCUGAAAAACUUCUGGAAACCAGACGUGGACGCUGCGGCGAGUGGGCUAACUGUUUUACACUGUGUUGCAGAGCUGUAGGGUUUGAAGCUAGAUAUGUCUGGGACUAUACAGAUCAUCUGUGGACUGAAGUAUAUUCUUCAUCUCAGAAAAGGUGGCUUCACUGUGAUCCCUGUGAAAAUGUCUGUGAUAAACCUCUUCUCUAUGAAAUUGGGUGGGGAAAGAAGCUCUCCUACAUAAUUGCAUUCUCCAAAGAUGAGGUUGUUGAUGUCACCUGGAGAUACAGCUGUAAGCAUGAAGAAGUACUCUCUAGAAGGACAGCACUCAGUGAAGCUACGUUACGUGAAACAAUUAACGCAUUAAAUAAAACGAGACAACGAUCUUUGUCAGAAACUAGAAAAAGAGAGCUCUUGGAAAGAACAAUUGUGGAACUUGUUGAAUUCAUUUCUCCUAAAACACCUAAAUCCGAAGAAUAUGGUGGAAGGACAUCAGGUUCAAUGGCUUGGCGAAUAGCCAGAGGAGAAAUUGGUCCAGAGAAAAGAAAAGAAGUAAUUCUUAUUCCCUCUGAAAAAGAGAAGACCUCUAAACUCUUCCACCUCAUCUACAAUGUAGUAGAAGAUAGUUAUACACGGAUUUCCAAUAACAAUGAAAAAAUGAAAGGCUGGGAAACAGGUGUUUGGAAGGCAGAGUCUAUGUGGAGAAAGGUUGAAACAGAUUGGAAAAUGGUUUAUUUAGCCCGAAAAGAGGGGUCAGCCUCUGCUUCCAUCAGCUGGAGGUUUGAGUGCAAGUCAGUCGGUCUAAAAAUAGAUAACAUUUCAAUUAGGACAAGCAGUCAGACAUUUCAGAGUGGAAGAAUAAAGUGGAGACUUUACUCUCCAACAACAGAAAUUGCUCUGAUAGGAGAUAAAAAUAUUCGGUCCUAUUCAGAUUUUUCUGGUGCAACAACAAUUACGUUGGGAGCAGUUCUAAAUGGAGGGGAUGGUGAAGCUGCAUGGCAACACACACAGCUGUUUAGAGACAGCUUAACAGGAUGUGGAGAAAAUUGCUUGGAGAUAAUUAUAAAACUCAGUGACCUCUGAGAACCUGAACUGAAGAGAUGUUCUCUGGAUUUCUUGAAGACGUUAUACCAUGGCUACAACAUGAGAAUUUGGUUGGCAGUUUUUGUUCAUCCUGCUGGAAGCUUAUUUCCUGUUUCACUGCUUCCAUUUAGCCAGCUUGAAACUGCACGUGUAUUGAAUAGUUUUCAUGCUAGUGUGCUCUUUCAUCAUCACUGCUCGUGUCCCAGAGAACUGAAUCCAGAAUAUUUUGAGAGAGAUUAUAGAAACUAAUGAGCAACUGAAAAAAACAGGUGACAGCCAGAAAUCCUAAAUCUAAGGAAAAAAUGCUGUGAUCAGCAUUCAGCUUUCUGAGGUGCUCAGAAAAGGAGACAUGCUCUUGGAAGCCAUGCUGGACUGAAGAUGACCUAGACUGAGAUUCCCAAAUUCUAAUACACAUGCGCCAUGGCAAAGUGCUGCCUAAAUAAUACUUGAGUAGUCAAACACAUUGUCCUGGCCAAUACUGAAAGCUAUUGCUACUGCAACUUCUGCUACCUCUACCAACAGUGGCUACAGUCGUAGUGAGCAAGAUGCAUAUAAGAACCACUGAUCUGGAUGUUUUUACUUCGCUUAAAGACUGAGGUAAUGCGUUCUUACUUUUCUUUAAGAAAAACAGGAGGGCACUGAGGAGCAUGGAGAAUCCACAGAGGUAAACAGGAGCGAUAUAAAGUAGGUAGUGGAAAGAGAAAAUAAGCAUUGUUAGUUGGGUAAAAAUAGAACAGGAGACCAUAACCUAAACAUAAAAACACAUUUAAUUUAUUGCAGUUGGUACUUCAUUUACCCAUUCUCCUAAUAAAUACAGCAAGAAUAAAAUGCUAAGUAGGAAUACCACUGCUGAAACAAAUAACUGAGGACAGCCACAUGAUAUCUUGGAAAGAAAUGUUCAAGACCCAGAAAUACCAAAAUGUUAAAGGAUCUAAAGGGAUAACAAAAUAUUUUUAAUGCAUUUCUGAUCUUCUUUGCUUAAUAUUAGUAUCUAAUAAAAAUAGAAAAGUGCAUGAAGCGGCUAGCAGUGAUCGCUUUUAAACAGUCUAAUCUUCCAAGCUGUUGAAUUACACGACUCCAAUUGAAAUAAAUAGGAACUGUUGCUGCUUAGCUCUGUUACAAAUUAGGCCACCUGAGAAAUUGUUGGAUAGCUGAUCUGAAACAAGUAAUUGUUAGAGAGUUGUAAGUUCAGAUAAUGCUUGCAUUCAAGACUACGGAGGUGGCUGAGUCUUGUGUACAUUUCACCUGUCAGCUGCACAACCCUCUUUUUUUUAAUUAUUAUUUUUUAAUUCAAGUAUACAUCUGAUUUUUGUAAUCAGUUUCUCAAAGACUUCUGAAAAAAUUGUUCUCAAAAGCCUAAGAAUUGUCUGCUGAUACAGGUAAUCUGAAACAAUGCAUUGGAGCAAAUGGAUGUUUUAGUAAACAGGUUGCUGGAAAGAUAAACAACUUAAGUCAGCCAGAAAAGAAUAUUCACAAAUACAAUAUUAUUGUAUAAACUUCCUCUUCUAAACUGCUUCAUAAUUGUCAGAUGCACACAGUAAGCACAUUCCCUGUGCUGUGGGCUAUCAAAGAGUAAUUCAAAUUUUAGGGCAUCUAGUACCAAAUCAAAAACAUCAUGGUCUAGUUAUUCAAAGUACUGAGCCAGUAUAAACUCAAGCUGCCGGUACAAAUUUGCUCAAAGAGAUUGUUCAGUAAUUUGUUGGAGAGGUAACUUCAAACUAUCUGACUGGGCCCUUCAUAGUUAGCCCAGCUUUUUCUUUUUGGUAGUUCCUUGUCUUCCCUGCUGCGUGAGCGCAGAUGUAUUGUUCAUUGAUGUCCUGACAUGUGCUUACCCACAGCCCUCUUCCAGUUGGAUGGCCACAGGACAUUUGCUCAACUCUCUUGGUUGUUCUUUGCCUCAGGUCUUCAGUUAUCCAAAUAUUCCAAAACUUGUGGCCGCUGCCUCUUUUUCCUUUUACCUUAGCAUGAGCUAUGUGGGUGCACUGGCCACAUCUUACUGCCAUGCUCUGCCUCAGUGGCUCUAAGUGGAGGCUGUACUGUGUGCCUCUCAGCUCCUCCCUGAGACUUUCCUCUUCUUGGAUUACCACAACAACCACACAACUCCAUUUUGAGAAAGGAAACGCAAAUGCACAUCCUGACAUAGUCAUCAUCAAUGCCAGUCAAAACUGGUGAUAAAAUGAAGCUAUGCAAAAAAGCUUGCCCUUUCUAUUUCCCCCCAGUAAUUACUAACCAUGUGUCAAAACAGAGAUAAUGUCUCAGAGGUGAUUGGAUUUUAGCUCGAGAGCGCCAUCUCAGACAUUUCCCAGAAUAGUGGAAUUCUCUGUUGGCUACAUCAGUCAUUACUUUUCUCCACAAAUUCAGCCUGUCCACAUACGCCUUUUAUAGUAACAACUCCUUCACCUUCCUGUCUUCCCAGGAAUGAGUAGACAUGGAAUUUCUGCCAUUAGGAAGAAGUCUUGAUACUCACUCUAGAUCCAUCAUGGUUUUCUUUCUGGAAGGCUGGAGAAAUACAAGGGUAAUGAGGACUUUCAAUGAGCAAGAAGAGUCUUGCUGGGUAAAAAUGAAUCACUGCUCUCAUUUUCUUGCCCAAAGAGUCUUGGUCGAAGUGCUAGGAACAAAACUACAUGGCUUAGCCAGAAAGAUAUCCCCCUUUGGAAAGAGAGAGCUCCCUUUCAGAGGGACAGGAAGAAAGGGGCUAGGUGUUUAACAUACAGAAAAGCUAUCUAAGUGAGGAAAGCCUAGCAUGCUUCACUGUGUUCAUUACCCUGAGCCUAAAGGAGGCAGGGACUUUCUGAAUGGUGUGUCAUCUCCAAAACCUUGCUGGCUGUUUGCAUUCUCCACACUGAUUAACAGUGUCAUAAUGCAGUUGGUGAUUUCCAGCCUCCAAAUGAUUGCAGCAAUCUGCCUCUCAGCUCUGUGUAACUCCACUGAUGUCCAUUUUUAUGCCACAUAUGUUCAGCACAGAUCUCCAAAAACAUUGCCUUCUUCAUGUUACUUUGAGUUGUCUUUGUCCCCUGAGGAUUUGCAGCUCUUCCCACUGCCACCAACUCUUUUAAAAACCUCAGAUGUUAAUAGCAUGGAUGUUCAUUUUAUUCAUACUGAGAAUUCCUCCUAGCAGGGCCAGCUCAACCUCCUUUGCUUCAUCUCUGCGUGCACCUUCUCUUGCUGUAUGUGGUCACUGCACAGGAACGCUUUCUCCUAGACAAGAAAUUUCAAUACGAAUGUAUUUCAUCUCUGUGACCAUCUCCUGCCUUAGUGACAACUCUGCUUAUGCUACUCAGCAAAAGUGUAUCACGGCUUAAGCCUGAAUUGACAGUGAGGAGGCUAGAUGGACUUGGAUACUAAAGCACUUCUAAGUCGCAGAUAAAUAUUUAAUGUCAACAAGCGACAUGACUUCCCUGUUCCGCAGGAGAGACAGCGUGGACCAGGAGAGAGGCCAAACGAGUCAGCAUAACUGCCUCCAACACAACCUGCCUCCCCUGCAGUGGGGGAUGGUGUGGUCCAGAAGAGAGUCAGGUGGGUCAGUAGAGUGGUCCCAGCAAUGCAGUGAGCAAUCCAGGCGCUGGGGUCCUUCACUGCUAAGCCCAGGGCUUCUGCUGGACCUCUUUCUUCCCCAGCAAUGUGCCAUCAGCAGCGCUCACAGCCUGCCCCGCUGGAAAGUUCUCCACACCUCGGCAAC